UUUGCUCACAAAAACUAAAUUAACCAUAUAGCAGUUAAAUAAUCACUUAAAAACAUGGGGAGAGGAGAGUUCAAGGUGACGAUGAGCAACCAAGAAGUGGUGGCAGGUGCCUUGCCACUGCAAGAGUAUUGGCUACCACUCUCCAACCUUGACUUGCUUUUGCCACCUUUGGACGUGGGAGUUUUCUUUUGCUACAAAAAUAAGCAAAGCAUGAGCUUUGGGUCCAUGGUUGGGGUUCUGAAGAAGGCCAUGGCUCAAGCUCUUGUGACUUUCUACGCCUUAUCCGGUGAGGUGGUACCGAACUCUGACGGGGAGCCUGAGAUUCUAUGCAACAACCGCGGCGUUGAUUUCACCGAAGCGUUUGCAGAUAUUGAGCUUAAGGAGCUCAACUUUUAUGACCCUGAUCAGAGCAUUGAGGGCAAGCUGGUGCCCAAGAAGAAGCAUGGCGUCUUGGCUGUCCAGGUAACUGAGCUCAACUGUGGUGGUGUGGUGGUGGCAUGCACAUUUGAUCAUCGCAUCGCAGAUGCCUACUCAACCAACAUGUUUCUGGUCUCAUGGGCUGAGAUGGCUCAGUCCAAAUCCCUCACCAUCCAACCAACUUUUCGUCGUUCCUUGCUUAACCCUCGUCGUCCUGGUCACAUCGACCCCUCCCUAAACGACAUGUACGUGCCCAUCACGGCGUUGCCGCUUCCCAGUAAAGGCCGUACUACUGAUGAUCAUGACCAUCUCAUCAGCCGCAUAUACUAUAUCACAUCCGAGCAGCUUGAAAAUCUCCAAGCCCUAGCUACCUCCAAUGGCUAUAAAAGGACCAAGCUCGAGUCCUUCUGUGCAUUCUUGUGGAAAAUGGUAGCAAAAUGUGACACUAGUAAUGAUCGUGCCCAAAAACUAUGUAAAAUGGGCAUUGUUGUUGAUGGACGGACAAGAUUAAGUGAGGGAAAUUACCAAAACGACCAUGCAACUCUAAUGGCUGCAUACUUUGGAAAUGUGCUGUCUAUUCCAUUUGGUGGGGAAAAUAUUGAAGACCUAACAGAGAAGCCACUGAGUUGGGUAGCUAAGGAAGUCCAUGAUUUUUUGGAAUGUGCUGUGACCAAGGAACAUUUUUUGGGGUUGAUAGAUUGGGUUGAGGCUCAUAGACCAGUGCCAUACUUGACCAAAAUAUACGACAGUGGGAGCAAUGAGGGGCCAGCAUUUGUUGUGUCGUCCGGCCAACGGUUCCCCAGCUCCAAGGUGGAUUUCGGGUGGGGCUCGCCUGUUUUCGGGUCGUACCAUUUCCCGUGGGGAGGCAGUGCUGGGUAUGUUAUGGCAAUGCCAAGUCCAGUUGGUAAUGGUGACUGGAUUGUGUACAUGCACAUGAUGAAGGGGCAGGUGGAGUUGAUGGAGAAAGAGGCUGCUCAUGUGUUAAGGCCCUUGACUUUUGAUUAUCUUAAUUAGGUAAAUUUAGAUAUAAUCAAGUAGUGUUGCCUAGCUAUUUCAUUAUUCCUUAUCAGUAAUCUAGCUCUUGCUGCAAUAUAUUGUAUCUUCUUUUUAUCAAAAUGAUGCAAGAGACUUUUGGUUUGCUUGGAUAUUGUUGAUCCUAAAUCUAAAAACUACUAAGCUACAGUGGCGCGUAGGUCGAGUAACUAAUGAGUUAACUAUGUCCUUCGGUUGAUGCGGGGCGUGCCAACUCGUCGGCCAAGCUCAGCCAAGGAGUAAAAUUUGUUGAUGCUACGUUGAACGCGCUACUGACUUCUAGAAUUUGCAACUGCGGCCAAGGAAGAAACACGUCUCGGCCUUCGGGUUCUCGAGCCUAAAUACAAGGCUGCUAGUUCUACGAAGUUCAAUAUCAAAUUUGGCUUUCAAUGUGCCGAAUGUAGUAACCUGUAACACCUCACUUCACCGUGGGGAGGCAAUGCUGGGUAUGUCAUGCCAAUGCCAAGUCCAGUUGGUAAUGGUGACUGGAUUGUGUACAUGCACAUGAUGAAGGGGCAGGUGGAGUUGAUGGAGAAAGAGGCUGCUCAUGUGUUAAGGCCCUUGACUUUUGAUUAUCUUAAUUAGGUAAAUUUAGAUAUAAUCAAGUAGUGUUGCCUAGCUAUUUCAUUAUUCCUUACCAGUAAUCUAGCUCUUGCUGCAAUAUAUUGUAUCUUCUUUUUAUCAAAAUCAUGCAAAAGACUUUUAGUUUGCUUGGA